AUGUUCCGCGUCCUUGCUGGACCUGAUAGCUGGAGAAAGGACAUGCUUACCGAGUGCAACCUUCUUUCCACUUCGUGUUUAGCCAUCCUCCCCGACAGCUGCGCCCCCAUGUCAUCCUUAUCUUUUGAUACAACAUCAACCCUUAGCCAACGCCCAGAAACCACUAUGGAGUGCGACCAGCUUCAAGUAGGUGAGCACGUGGGGGCAGACGAACGAUGCCUGAUCACGUCCAAUGGAGUACCAAACGGCGAUCUCUCGGGACAAGAAGUCCAGACCGGCAGAGAACAAUAUAGCCAUUGGCAUGCGAGCUUCCCAAUAGUCGAGCCCGCGAAAACUGAUCGACCAACAUCGCAGAGCUCAUCUCACUGGAGACCUCAAAAGAUAGACCAUCCCAGCCCUGGGAAUCCAUUCGCACUCGAAGAAUUUAGCCCCAACAAUGCCAGCGUCCCAACCCCAGACCUGGUCCACCCUAUUCCGAGACAUAGUCCGUACACCGUGACGAGUUACUUCGCCUCCGAGAAUGUACCAGAGACUCUAUCAAGCUUUGGGCAAACGGAAAGUCCGCUAUCCGAAGACAGAAAGUGUCUGGUGCGAGGAUCAGACCGGACAAGUGAUGACUUGGUCUACUUCUGCCUUCUCCAAGAAAGACAGUCACCUGGUACGAACUCUGUGACCACCAUGUCCGAUCAGUAUACGCCUAUAACCAACGACGGUACCUUCAACAACCUUCCACUGUCCCCUUGGCCCUCAGUCAAGGCUCAAAUGCCCUGUGACACGCAACGGUCCAAUGCCGCUCAGUGCAGGGGAGAAGCAUUGUGGAAUGAUGCGCGGUUGCUUGGGGAUAUAGAUCAGCAGCAAGGUCACCUCGACCAAUUCCCCGUGACCAGCGACGUGAUCCAUGGUUUACCUAGCCUGGGGCCCAAUGUCGAAACAUACGUCCAGCCCUCGUCACUGCUCGACCCUUACGAUUCGACUUGCUCCGAUCUGUACUUGAACGGCAGCACCGUCACACAGCAAGACCACAGUCAUAUCCAAUAUUCGAACAAUACCUUUACAUACCAAAACAACCUUCGACCGGACGAUGCGACAGACUCGUUCUUCCCCGCUGGGCGUUUCUCCUAUCAACCAAGCCACGUCGGCCGCAUGGCUCCUUGGACUAGCGAUGCCAGAAAUGCUCUCCUGAUAGAAUAUAAGCGCCGCGGACUGUCGUACAAGGACAUCAAGAGGAUUGGUGGAUUCAAAGAGGCCGAAUCAACCCUUCGUGGCAGGUUCCGGACGUUGACAAAGUCGAAAGAGCAACGUGUCCGAAAGCCUCAAUGGCAUGAGAAUGAUGUAAGUCUCUGGCGGUGUCGCGGGAUUGGAAGCCAUUGCUAA